AUUACAUAUUGUUUGAUACCUAAGCUUAGGCCUAAAUGAUUAAUAUAUAUUUUUGAGAAAGAGCGUGAGUUCAAAAUGGCGGAGUAUUUGGCAUCAAUAUUUGGUACAGAAAAAGAUAAGGUAAAUUGCUCAUUCUACUUUAAGAUUGGAGCAUGUAGACAUGGAGAUCGCUGCUCACGAAUUCACAACAAGCCGACAUUUAGUCAGACUGUUUUGAUACAGAACUUGUACCAUAAUCCUCAGAACUCGGCUCAGUCAGCAGAUGGAUCACAUUUAUUGACAACAACUACUGUUGGUGAAGAGGAAAUUCAAGAACAUUUUGAUAAUUUUUUUGAAGAUGUGUUUAUAGAAUUGGAAGACAAGUAUGGAGAGAUUGAAGAGAUGAAUGUGUGUGACAAUCUUGGAGAUCAUCUUGUUGGCAAUGUUUAUGUGAAGUUUCGACGUGAAGAAGAUGCCGAGAAAGCAGUGGCAGAUUUAAACAACCGAUGGUUUGCAGGAAGACCUGUCUAUGCUGAACUUUCUCCAGUGACAGACUUCAGAGAAGCUUGUUGUCGACAGUAUGAAAUGGGUCAUGGGCACAUGCGUGGGACACACUAUAUAACCUUUGUUUUAACCUUGAAAAGUGUGAUACUAACCACAUGUGUGGAAUUUUGUACCACCAUGAAGAAAUGGUAUUCCCCAUCAAAGUUUCCUAAGUUUAUCAGUUUCAAGUUUCAAAAAUUCAGAUAAGUAAUGAAAUAUUAAAUGUUUUUAUUGUGUACCAAAAAAUAAGCCUAGCAUUGGGAGAGUUGUUUAUAUAUAAAUGUGGUAGUUAAAGAGGAUUUUUAUGUUAAGAAAACCUGGAAAUGUUCUUAAUGAUAUCGUAAUUAUAAGUCUUAUAGUGGUGUCAUUCCUCCAGAGUUGGCUAAUAACAACAUUGCUGUUUCUGGUAAAACUUAAAAGAAACGUGAGAAAUAUGAAGAGUUGAGCCUAAUGAACAGUGUUUUGUCAUGUUAUUAAAAACAUUGGUUUUGAAUACAAAUCAAUAUUAUUUUUACUAAAGCUUUAAUUGUUAGAGAAUAAAAUUUUUUGAGAAAAAUAUAAUCGUGUUAAAAUGGAUACUUUAAAUUGGAAAAGGCUUUUAACAGAAGUAUUUUUCACAUUUCAAAAUGUGACUGUUGCUGCUGCUUGCUUGUGAAUAAAGUAUGUGAUAUAAUAAGCUUCAGUGGUUUUGUAGUUUAUGUGGUACUUAUAAAUUCAUUAUAUCUGUUCUGUAUCUCAAAUUUUAAGAAAUGUCUCCAACUUUAUUUGUCACAUAAUUAAAAGUUUAGUUAAAAAUGUUACAAAAUUAAUUUUUUAGAUUGUUUGAUGUACUUUACAAGUUUCUGUUAUUUUUAUUAUUUGUAUAUAUAAUAAAAUUAACAAUUAAGUAAUAGAACACAUAACUGCUAAUUUAUGAAAACUUUAAACUUGGUGGAUAUUAAUUACUUCAAUAUCUUUAAUUUUGAUACAUUUUUUGUAAAGAGUGAAAAAACUUUUUUCUUUUAUACCUCUUAAUAAGUAACACGUUGUCAGUACCACAAUUUAAUGUAGAAACAUAUUACAAAAUUUGAUGUAUGAAGGUAACAUAACAACAAACUGAACUCCCUUGUAUCUUCUCAAU